ACUCGACUUUUGCUUAAACCCUCUAAAAGUCCUUGUCCUCAGAAAUGGCCAGUUUGAGCAAAAGCCGUCGACUCUUCAUCCACCUCAACCGCAAUGUGGACGUACCAAAACCCCUCUUCUACUCCACCACCCCAACCCCAACCCCAACCCCACCCUUCCCUUCAUUCCGAGCUGCCAAAGCCGCCAUUAUCUCCGAAUCAAACCCAGACAAACUCGCCGAAAUCCUCCAAAAAUCCAUCCACUUCCCCACCUUUCAACGCCACCGGCCUAUCUACCACCUCUCCAUCCGAAAACUCGCUCGAGCGAAUCGCCCUGACCUCAUUCACCGCGUCCUCCAAUCCCACCCAACACCCAACUCCGAAGGCUUCUUCAUCCGCCUCAUCAUGCUCUACUCUAGCGCCGCCAUGCUCGAUCACGCAAUCAACACCCUCGAACUCAUCAAAUCUUCUUCUCAACUUUCCGAGAAAUCCCUUUGUGCCAUCCUCACCGCUCACCUCAACAAUCGCCUCUUCGAUCAGGUUCGUGAUCUCUUUCAAACUCUGCCUUUGAAACUCAAUGUCACUCCUGGUAUUGCGUCUAAUAAUUUGGUCUUGAAAUCUUUUGUUGAGGAAAAUAAUGAUGUUGUGGCUGCGCUUAAUUGGGUUGAGAUAAUGGAGAAAGAUAAUAAGGUUUUGCCCAAUAUUGAUUCUUAUAAUGUCUUGUUAAAGGGUUAUUUGAAGAAUAAUGAUUUGGUUGGGUUUGAUGGGGUUGUGAAGGAGGUUUUAAAUAAAGGGUUGGACUUCAAUUUGGCUAGUUAUAAUUAUAGGAUUUCGAGACUCUGCAAGAGCAAAGAGUGUGCUCGAGCUAAGAAGUUGUUGGACGAUAUGGUUUCCAAAGGCGUGAAGCCAAAUUCUGUUAGUUAUGAUACUAUCAUUGAUGGGUUUUGUAGGGUAGGGGAUUUGGAAUCGGCCAAGAAGGUUUUGGAGAGUAUGUUGAGGGAUGGUUAUGUUUCACCGUGUUCGUUUCCUUAUAAUGCUUUGAUACGAAAUGCGGUUAAGGAGGGAGAGUUUGAUUUGGCUUUGGAAAUGUGUAAAGAGACUAUAAGAAGGAGGUGGAUUCCGCCCUUUGAGGCAAUGAAGGGUCUGGUUAACGGGUUGGUGAAAAUGUCAAGAGGGGAGGAAGCGAAAGAGAUUGUUGAGAAGAUGAAGAAAAGGCUUAAGGGGCCUGCUGUGGAUUCCUGGGGGAAAAUUGAAGCUGCUCUUCCUUUGUAGAUCAGUAGCUUGGCAAAUAAAAAGUAUAUUUUUCAAUUUCAUGGGAGUGGAUUGAACUGACCGGUAACUUGUAUAACUCAGCUUCCUGUAGUUUUUUUAAUUUUUUAUUAUUUUUAUGUGAUCAUGUCCCCUGCUAGUACUCCAUACAAGUUUUGGAAGACUUCUAGUUGUGCUCGUUUCUUUUGUAUCAUGAUUAAGGCUUCAAAUUUGAACUAGUUCAAUGGUCAUUGGAAUUCGAAUCUAUUAUUCCCUUGUGUUCAGAA